AACGCCCCCCGGGCCCUCGCGGCGGGCGCCCCCUGCCUCUUCGGAAACCUGACGGAGGUGGAAGGGCAGGUUUCGGGCAGCCGGGUUGUGUGUGUUUCUCCAGCAGCGAAAGAUGUUCCUGCCAUUCCCAUGGAUCAGGACUGGUUCGGAGUGGUGCUGCAGCUGAAGUCGCGGGAGACGGGGAAGAUGUUUGUCAGCACGGAGUUCAAGUUCUACAACUGCAGUGCCCACCAGCUGUGCCUGUCUUGUGUGAACAGUGCUUUCCGCUGCCACUGGUGCAAGUACCGGAACCUCUGCACCCACGACCCCACCACGUGCUCCUUUCAGGAGGGACGGAUCAACGUCUCUGAGGACUGUCCCCAGCUCUUCCCCACAGAGGAGAUCCUGAUCCCAGUUGGAGAGGUGAAACCCAUCACGCUGAAGGCGAGAAACCUGCCCCAGCCCCAGUCGGGCCAGCGUGGGUACGAGUGUGUGCUCAGCAUCCAGGGCGUGAUCCACCGCGUGCCCGCCCUGCGCUUCAACAGCUCCAGCGUCCAGUGCCAGAACAGCUCGUAUCUCUAUGAUGGGAUGGACAUAAGCAACUUAGCCGUGGACUUCGCUGUGGUUUGGAACGGGAACUUUGUUAUUGACAACCCGGAGGAUCUGAAAGUGCACCUCUACAAGUGCGCGGCCCAGCGCGAGAGCUGCGGGCUGUGCCUGAAAGCUGACCCCAAGUUCGAGUGCGGCUGGUGCAGCGGCGAGGCCAAGUGCACGCUGCGGCCGCACUGCGGCGUGCCCUCCGCCCAGCCCUGGCUCGACUGGUCCAGCCGGAACGUCAAGUGCUCCAACCCUCGCAUCACCGAGAUCCUGACAGUGUCAGGCCCCCCGGAAGGAGGGACCAGGGUGACCAUCCGUGGCGUGAACCUGGGCCUGGAUUUCUCCGAGAUCGCCCACGGGGUGCAGGUUGCCGGGGUGCAGUGCACACCCCUGCCCGAGCAGUACGUCGUCGCAGAACAGAUCGUCUGUGAAAUGGGGCAGGCGCUUCCAGGGAUCAGCUCCGGCCCAGUGCUCCUGUGCAUCGGAGAGUGCAAGCCGGAGUUCACGGCCAAGUCCGCGCAGCAGUACAUGUUCGUGACUCCGGCGGUGAGCUUUCUGCAUCCCAGCCGCGGCCCGGAGUCGGGAGGGACGAUGGUGACCAUCUCCGGGCACUACCUGGGAGCCGGCAGCCGCGUGUCGGUGCUCCUGGGAAACCAGACCUGCGAGUUCUACGGGCGAUCCAUGAAUGAGAUCGUCUGCGUGUCAGCCCCGUCAGCCCACGGCCUGGGCGCUGUUCAUGUCUCCGUCAGCGUUGACCGUGCUCAGCUGGAGCGGACUUUGCUGUUUGAGUACAUCGACGAUCCGAAGGUGCAGCACAUCGAGCCCGAGUGGAGCAUCGCCAGCGGACACACACCUCUGACCGUCACCGGCUCCAACCUGGACGUGAUCCAGGAGCCGAGGAUCCGCGUCAAGUACAACGGCAAAGAGUUUGUCAACGUCUGCAAGGUGGUGAACGCCACGGCGCUGGCCUGCCUUGCGCCCCCCCUCACCCCCGAGUACCGGCCCGGCCUCGACGCUGUCGAGCGGCCGGAUGAGUUUGGGUUCAUCUUUAACAACGUGCAGUCCCUGCUGGUCUACAACGACACCAAGUUCAUAUACUACCCCAACCCCACGUUCGAACUCCUGAGCCCGACUGGGGUGCUGGAGCAGAAGCCAGGAUCGCCCAUCAUCCUGAAGGGCAGAAACCUGUGCCCCCCAGCUCCUGGAGGAGCCAAGCUCAACUACACCGUGCUGAUUGGAGAAACACCCUGCGCCGUCACCGUCUCCGAGACCCAGCUGCUGUGCGAGCCGCCCAAUCUCACCGGGCAGCACAAAGUGAUGGUGCGUGUUGGUGGUAUCAUCUUCUCCCCUGGUUCGGUGAGCAUCGUCUCAGACAGCCUCCUGACCCUGCCAGCCAUCGUCAGCAUCGCGGCCGGAGGCAGCCUGCUCCUCAUCAUCGUCAUCAUUGUCCUCAUCGCCUACAAGCGCAAGUCCCGAGAGAAUGACCUGACCCUCAAGAGGCUGCAGAUGCAGAUGGACAAUCUGGAAUCCCGGGUGGCUCUAGAGUGCAAGGAGGCUUUUGCAGAGCUGCAGACAGACAUCAAUGAAUUAACCAGUGACCUGGAUCGCUCCGGGAUCCCGUACCUCGACUAUCGGACAUAUGCCAUGAGGGUCCUUUUCCCCGGCAUUGAGGACCAUCCCGUGCUGCGGGAGCUGGAGGUCCAAGGGAACGGGCAGCAGAGCGUGGAGAAGGCCUUGAAGCUCUUUGCUCAGCUGAUCAACAACAAAGUCUUCCUGCUCAGCUUCUCCAUGCGUGAUCGUGGCAACGUGGCCUCGCUCAUCAUGACGGGUCUGCAAGGCAAGCUGGAGUACGCCACCGACGUGCUGAAGCAGCUGCUCUCCGACCUCAUCGAGAAGAACCUGGAAAACAAGAACCACCCCAAACUGCUCCUGCGCAGGUAA